ACUUCUGCUGAUUCUGGCAAGGAGUGUGGCCGAGUAAUAUCAAUCUUCCGUACACGUUCCCAUCCUGAAUAAGCAAGUCUCUCUUUUUCUCCUUCCUCCGAUACUUAAAUACUUGCGCUAGUUUCAGGGCGGAAGUGAGACUCUGAAACCACCUUACCCGUACUUCCACAUCUUUACGGUUUACCACCGCUGUAAUAACAAUGAGUCACCUGACGUUGGAUGUAUCAGAACAUGCACGUAACAACUGAGACCAUGUCUGAGAGAUGGAUGGCAUCCCAUAGCAAAUUCAGGAAGCUAUCUACGCGCUCGUGCCAUGCAAUCCGUCCAGGUUUUCUACGCGCUCCUCGCAGCAACAGUUAUCUUGGCAAUCAGAAGACAUCUGCGCAGGAGACGAGACAAUCCCGCAGGCCUGCCGCUACCACCUGGUCCUGCUCGGCUCCCCGUAGUUGGUAGCUUAUUUGCCAUCAAAGACAUAGGUUCUCAAUGGUUGACCUUUGCUGAGUGGGGCAAGAAAUAUGGCGAUCUCAUCUAUCUCGAAAUCCUCGGCAGCCGGAUUCUCGUUCUACAUUCUGAAGAGGUUGCACAAGAACUACUCGACAAACGGUCGCAAAAUUACUCUGACAGACCACAGGUCCCGAUGGUGACCUUGAUGGGUUGGGAGUUCAAUGUCGGUUUCCUACGCUAUGGAGCAUCAUGGCGCAAACAUAGGAAGGCAAUGCACCAGGCAUUAAACCCGCAGGCGAUGCUGAAUUACAGGGACAUCCAAUUGAACCAAGUUCACCAGUUAGCCCGGAAUCUCCUUGAGGUGCCAGAAAAAAUGGAGGAACAUAUAAGGACUUUCACCGCGUCGACCAUCAUGACCGUCGUUUACGGAUACAAGAUGGCUCCUCGAAACGACCUCUUUGCAUCUAUCGCAGAUCGCGCCAGCGAGAUGCUCACUAAUUCAUUCUUCCCCGGCGCUGCCUUGGUUAAUGCGUUCCCUGCUUUACGGUACCUGCCUGAAUGGUGUCCUGGAGCGGGGUUUAAGAAAUUCGCUCGCGAGUGUAGGAAACUUACCAGGGAAUUACGCGAUAAGCCUUACGAUUUCGUGCAGAAACAGAGGGCCGAGGGUAUCGCACCUCACUCUAUGGUCUCGGAAAUGAUCGAGCAUAACGAAGAGGAAGUUGUUAUCAAGUCUGUUGCAGGAACUACGUAUGCCGCUGCCGUUGAGACUUCUUCCUCUGCGCUGUCAGCUUUUGUACUGGCCAUGCUCAAGUUUCCUUCGGUGCAGAAGAAGGCGCAGGAGGAAAUCGAUCGCGUGACAGGAGGCCUAAGGUUGCCGGAUUUCACAGAUCGCCCCUCGAUGACUUAUAUCGAGGCGACGUAUCGCGAAGUGCUCAGAUGGUGUCAAGUCACCCCACUUGGUGUGCCACAUAUGACUACAGACCACGACGUCUACAACGGAUACUUCAUACCUAAGGACACGAUUGUCCUCGCCAACAUAUGGGCAAUGACGCAUAACGAGGAGAAAUACCCUGACCCGAUGAGAUUCAUGCCCGAAAGGUUCAUUGCAGAGGACGGUUCCCUUACUGACGAUAUCGGAGAAAUACAGUACGGGUUUGGCAGAAGGAUAUGUGUUGGGAAGUACCUGGCGGAGGCGUCAGUCUGGAUAGCCAUGGUUACGAUUCUUGCAGCGUUCAACGUCAACAAAGCUAAGGAUGAAUUUGGCAAUGACAUUGAUGUGGAGCCAGAGUUUACACCUGGGGUCAUCAUACACCCGAAAGCAUAUCCAUUCUCGAUCUCACCAAGGUCUCCCCAUGCUGUUGAACUGGUCCGGAAUCUGAGUUCUUAGAGAACAUGCAGUCCGGCUGCUUGGUUGUUUACAACGUGUGGGUGUACAUAUUGAAUGUGGUGUAAUAACAUACUCGUGUAGUAUCAGCGUGCGACGUCAAACAACGCAUACUCGUUAAGGUCAUACUGCGCGACCAGGAUGAACGCAGGUCAUAUCCUAAAAUACCGGGAUUAGUCGGCGGAUAGUAUGCUCAGCAAUGAAGACGUACCACCGAGGGUGGAUUUGUCGUU